AUGUGUCUGCACGCGGCACAUAGACAUGCAGCUGCAUUGUGUGGGCAGGUGUCCGUGGUGACGCAGGUGGGGGCCUGGUACCGCAUCUGCAGUGCCAGGAAGGAGGAUUACUGCCCAAGGAAGGAGCUCCUUGCAAUGGACGCGGAUCUUGCCAUCCAACUCUUCAAGGAUGAGAUGGAGCCGGUGCUCGUACAGAUGGAUAGUUUCUGCAAAGGUGGCGGACGAGCUGCCACACUUGGCUGCAACCUGCAGAGACUUAUCUGCUAUGUCAACAAACGGUUCUCAGCAAACCCAUUCUUUGCUAUGAAUGCCUACAUCGAGCAGGCCAUGGCCGCCAGACAAUCUUCAUCCUUCCGAGUCAUCGACUUCUUCCGACUUGGUGGUUCCAUGCCAGAGGAGGUGGUCCAAGGCCACGGCUCGCAGAUGUUGAAUCUUUGGGCUUGGACAGUCAUGUUCAACGCGAUGUGCCCUGCUGAACUUGCAGCUCGUGGUGCCUAUGCAAUUUGGGAAGGCAAAGUUUGUUCCGGAACGGAGGCUCGUUUUGAGAACUGCCCCCACUACUACCCCAGUUGCGUCGCUUCACAGCGCUGCACAGAAUGGGAGUGCAUGAAUGACGUUCCUUGCACAUUGACAGCAGCAGAUCCUCCCAUCGCUGGGGACACGGAAGGACUCUGCGAUGAUCCAAUGAACAUCACCGAGUUCUUGCCGGAUCCAAUUCUCAUGGACGAUCGUGUGGACUUGGAUGCAUGCCACAAAGGAAGCCUUCGAGCACGCCUGUGGUGUUUGCAAGACGUAGAGUGGCUCUUGCCACUGGUCAGUGUCAUUGCAGCACUGUGCAUUGUUGGAGUCCAGUACACUUGGGAAACAUCUCGACAGAAGGCGACCCGUCAGAGCCUUGAAAGCUCAAAAGAGGACAUGCCAGAAGCCAGAGCUGUCGAGGCUGACAAGACUGUGACCAUUCAGGUUCACGACGAGUUUGAAGUCGGUCAGGAAGUGCCACAGGAGAAGCCUUCUGCAGCAACUAGCGGGGAGUUCGCAGAAGACGUCAUGUCCGCAGCACCAUACGCCAUGAAGCCCAAGACCCACAUCGAGCUGGAUGUGAAUUCAAAGGCAACUGAGGCAGCGAUGGACAUCAACAAGCCUGAGUGUCACACCAAUGCAGAAGAAGACCUCGAGAAGCCACGCCCGCUCAGGGCACCCACCACAUUGGAGGGCAGGGCGGAAAAGGAGUCGGCAGCUACGGCGGGCACAGCCAGGCUGGCGCAGAUGGUCCGAACGCGUAAAGCUGGCAAUAGGUACCCGCUUGGGCUAGCACGCUUCAUGGGCUCGACCCAUGUUGUUUUGGGCCACCUUUUUGCAAAGGGGGCGACGCAUCCCGUGUACUUUUUCGGCUGGGGCUUCACUUGGGUGCCUUGGUUCUUCAUGCUGUCUGGAUUCGUCCUUUUCUCUGCGUAUCUGAAGAACCCCAAGGAGGAGACUAUGAUCCAGUAUGUUCUGCGCAGGAGCACAACAAUCUACCCAUUGUACGCCUUCUCUCUCAUCCCAGCCUUCAUCAUGCAAAAGAGCUUGGGUACCAUGUCUGCAGACUGGCCGACGUUGCUAGCACAGUCCUUCCUGCUUCAAGCAUG